ACACUCCCCAUCUUCCUCUCCCUCCUUGCAGGCCCGAGGCCCGUGUCUGGACGGUGAUGUUGCUGCUGGGGACGUGCCUGCUGUACUGCACCCGUGUCACCGUGCCCAUCUGCGCCGUCGCCCUGAGCUCCUACUUCGACUGGGACAAGAAGCAGUCUGGAAUAGUGCUCAGCAGCUUCUUCUGGGGCUACUGCUUGACACAGAUUAUCGGGGGACACAUCAGUGACCACAUAGGAGGUGAGAAAGUCCUUCUCCUGUCAGCAUCGGCCUGGGGGUUCCUCACGCUGCUCACCCCGCUGCUCGCCCACAUCACUUCUGCACAUCUCGCUUUCAUGACCUCCUCCAGGUUCCUCAUGGGGUUGCUGCAAGGGGUGUAUUUCCCAUCUCUGACCAGCCUGUUAUCCCAGAGGGUCCAUGAGAGCGAGCGAGCCUUCACCUACAGCACAGUGGGGACCGGCUCACAGUUUGGGACACUGGUGAUCGGUGGUGCUGGUUCUCUCUUCCUGGAUUGGUACGGCUGGGAGAGCGUUUUCUACUUCUCCGGUUUGCUCACUUUGCUCUGGGUUUACUGCACCUGCAAGUACCUCCUGAGUGAGAAAGAACUCAUCGUCCCCAUGGACUAUUUAAUGAGAGGCCUCUCGAUAUCCAAGCAGACCAAAGUUCCCUGGAAGCAGCUGUUUCGGAAGGCACCGAUAUGGGCUGUCAUCAUCGCUCAGCUCUCCACGGCCAGCACGUUUUUCACUCUCCUCUCUUGGCUGCCAACUUUCUUUAAGGAAACUUUCCCCGAGUCCAAAGGCUGGGUGUUUAAUGUGGUUCCCUGGCUGGUUGCGAUUCCAACGAGCUUGUUCAGUGGAUUUCUGUCUGAUCAUUUAAUCAGCAAAGGGUACAAAACCAUCACCAUUCGUAAGUUCAUGCAGGUCAUUGGCUCCGGUGUCUCGAGCAUUUUUGCUUUGUGCCUGGGCCAGACCUCCAGCUUCUGCAGAGCGAUAGUGUUCGCCUCUGCCUCCGUUGGCCUCCAGACCUUUAACCACAGUGGCAUUUCAGUCAACGUACAGGAUCUGGCCCCCUCGUGUGCUGGCUUGCUGUUCGGUGUUGGGAAUACAGGUGGAGCUCUCCUAGGUGUCAUUUGUGUGUACCUGGCUGGUUACCUGAUUGAAACAACCGGCUCCUGGAUCUCUGUUUUCAACCUGGUGGCUGCUGUCAACAGCAUUGGCCUCUGUGCAUUCCUCCUGUUCGGAGAGGCCCAGAGGGUGGACACAGACUCUGCAUAUAUGGACCUCUAG